AUAUAAUAUUACAUAUCAACCGUUCGAGUUUUACAAGUUAUUUAAAUAAUUAUAUAUGUAUAUCAUUGUUUUCAUAACAUCUCAUCUUAAUACUCAUAUACUUUCAUUCAUAUUAAUAUAAACUUACACUACAAAACACAAUUGUGUGUAAAAAUUGGAUUUGAAAACCUUAUUAUAGUUAAUCUUUUUUAAAUAGUCUAUUUAUUAUCAAAGUUUUGGAUUUGAUCAGUAAGAAACUUGUUUUUAAACCCUAAACCCCAAGUCGUCGGAAUUCGGUCAGAAUAUACCGAUGGAAUUCCGACGACCUGCCCCAUUCCGACGGAUCUAUGUUCGUCGGAAUUCCGUCGGUUUGUUAGUUUCCCGAAAUUACAAACCGCGUGAAAAUUUCAAGUGGACCGCGUGAAUAUUUCAUUAAACCGCGCAUUUAAUAUUUUAUUCUUUUUCCGACGACAUACCGACGGACACGGGUCCGUCGGUUCCUUUAAAUAAAAACCAAUCCUUCUUCCUUCUUCACCAUUUUCGCCUCUCUCUCUAAAUCCUCUCCGUUUUCUCUCUCUUCUCCGGCGAUUCUCACCGCGAAUCCGGUGUCCCCACCUCCGUGAAUCCAUCCCACCGGCGUCCCCACCUCCGUGAAUCCAUCCCACCAUGUCUGAUGAUUCGAGUGUUCGUCGGCGUGCCCGACCUCGUCGUUCCGCACCCCGUGGCCGAGCUAGUUCGGUGAGCAGUUCCCGUGCAUCGGGUUCGUCGUCUCACGAACAAAACUCGGUUCAUGUCGCUCCGGCUCCCGCUCCGGCUCCCGCUCCAGCUCCUGCAGCCGCUCCACAUGACCCGGGGGUCAUGCCAGUUGAAAUAUUGGUUCAACAACCAGGUCGAGAGCAUCUCCCGGUUCUCGAACAAUACCCACGAAUGGGACACUCGACUUGGUUCAACAAGUCGACCAGUGGGAUUAGCGGGAGCAUCACCCAGAUGAUGUAUUCGAUGCUCCAGACGGGAUAUGACAAGUGGACUUCGAUCCCUUCCGCGGAACGCGAGUUGUGGUUUCGUCAGUUCGCGCAAGAAUUUACUUGGGACUCCGGCCAGACCGUCUACACGAAGCAGAUCUACGAGUGGAAGCAAGUAUGGCUGGAUGAGAGGAAGCCCCGGUUACUUAGCGGGACGGUGUGGACCCAAUUGAUCCAGCACUGGGAGAAGGAAGAGACUAUAGAGAAGUCUCUACAGAACUCCGCCAACCGGAAGAGCGAUCGUGGCGGGAAAGGUAUUUACGUGCACAACCUCGGCGCUUGCAGUAUGUCCUCUAAGGAGGAUCAACUGAUUCAAGAAAACGAUGGUAAUCCCGUCGAUCAUCUCGUCGUCAUUAAGGAGGCGUACACCAACAAAGGGACGGGUGAAAUUCAGGAUCCGGUGAUCAGAGAAGUCAUUGAGAUGGUGGAAUCUCAAAAAGAAGCUUUUCUAGCUUCUCAGCAGCCUCUUUCUGACGACGAUUCUACGGGUGCUUCGAACAACAUGUCCCGACUGCAAAUCAACGAGCUGGUUGAAAAGGCGGUCCCUAAAAAAAAGGGUCGUUUGGUAGGGUUGGCCCGUCGUGCUUCUUCGUGUCCGACUUCUUCAUCUCAAGUCCCGUACGCCAAUCCAUUGAUUCUAGAGCAGCUACAGAACAAGGAUCAAAGGAUUGGAGCAUUGGAGGAGCAGAAUGCUACAAUCCUUGCUGAGUUGGCGGAUCAGAAGAAGACCAACCUCGAGAUAAUGCAGAAGUUGGAUCGUUUGUUCCCGGAUCAGUAGUUUUUUUUUGUUUUUUAAUUUAAAACUUUCUAAAUGUUUUUUUUUUCAGUUUGUAUUAAAACUUAUUUUCUAUAAUAUUAUUAUUAGUUUCUU